GCCAAAAACUAACUCAAGUCAUCAGCACCAGAAAAACAAAAAUAUGGCUGAUCAGAUAGUUUUCACACUUUCACAAGUUGCCCAACACAAAUCCAAGAAAGACUGCUGGCUUAUCAUCCAUGGAAGAGUACUGAACGUGACAAAGUUCUUGGAAGAACACCCAGGAGGAGAAGAGGUGUUAUUGGAGUCAGCAGGAAAAGAUGCAACAAAGGAAUUCAAGGAUAUUGGACACAGCAAGGCAGCGGAAAACUUGCUCAUCAAGUACCAGGUUGGUGUUCUCCAAGGUCACAACGUCAAGGAUGGAGACAUGAAGGAGGCUUCUUCUCCAUCUAACACUAAAGAGAUCAGGGCUUUUGUAAUCAAGAACGACACCAUAUCAAAGUGCAAAGCUCUGCUUGAUUUCUUUGUGCCGGUUUUAGCUGCUGCUUCCUACUUCAGUUUCAGAUGCCUUACAAGGCCAGAGCAGAUCUUCUAAAACGGAUCAUAUGUGGAUUCUAUUGGGUUUAUUUUCCCUAAUAAAUCAGAGUCUGAUGUGUUUCUGUUCAUUUUCUUUUCUGAAAUUCUUCAACAUGUAGUAAAAGCAUGUUAAAGAAACGUUUUUUUAUUAAUGAGAACCAACUAAUGUCAUUAAUGCAUGAGAUUUGUUUUGGAGAUUA